AUGGUAUCAUCGAUUAGAACACCUGAGGCUUGCACAACGUUUAUAUUCAAAGGGCUUUUGUCACAGGCGUCCUUUAACCUGAAAAAUCAGGAUGACCACUCGAAGACUGUUGAUAUGAUUGGACCCCCAGAUCCUGUCUCUAAUCUGAGACCAAUUGCCUUUGCAGAGUCUCGUAAUGAAACGAAAAUUGAAAAACAGUACAGGGAAGCGAGAGAAUCCACUCAUGAGUGGAAUCAUAAAUUCUGGAGUGAACACAAUGCCCGAUUCAUCUCGGAACGUAAAGAAUUCCAAAAUAAACUGAAGGCUGAGGGGAAGGAGUCAGUGACUGCAGAUGAAAUGUCAGUCUUCUAUAAACAAUUUCUAGAUAAUAAUUGGAAAAAUCAUGUGAAUUACAACUACUCCUGGUACAAGCGGAAUGUGAAAAUUCUAUUCCUGGAAAUAAGAGUGAGAUUAUCGAAAAUGAAGUUCAAGUGA